CCACCGUAGAUCUACCGUGCUGUGAUCAUGACAUGGCACUCGGCAGCAGACGAAAAUAAUACAUGUAUGGGUGCUUCUUGUUCCGGCUUGACCGUUUCAUGUCCGGAAGAGUUUCCGUCAAUGCUCCAGCGCAGCGCCCGCAACUCCGAUUCGCCAUUGAAAACUGACUGCUUCAAGAUGAUCGGCAGUAGGCGAGAGUCGUCUUGCCCAGCCAUCUCAACACAAGACCUUUUUGCGAGUUAGAUGCGGCUGGGAAGGGGCCAGGCUGCCUCUGCACAACUGCAAGGCUCGCACUGCAAUAGCGAUCGGUUCUACUACAAGUACAAGACUUCGUAGUUCUUGCUCGAGCAUGCAAACCACGCUAGUGAAAAUGUUUUGAUCUUUUGAAAGGCGUGCAAACUAAAGUCUGUGAAUGACUAGUAUUAUGUAACGCGACGGUGUGUAACCAACCACCCAGCAGAAUCAUCGAUCAUCAAUCAAAACCGUGGUCGACCGAAUACUGAGUAGAUCUACGCAUUUCCUAGUUAGUUGUCCAUCUCACCUGGCUUUCCAAGCGGUUGCCCCGUGUCAGGCCAGGCCGGGCAGAGGAAGAAAGAGUUCGAUGCGUGGAAGUAACUUAGUCUGGCAUUUCCGCUGCUUUUCAAUAUCCUUGACUUGUUGACGACGACACGAGUACCGAGUCUUAGAGUGCUGCCAACUGUGAAUGACUUUUAUGACUUCUCGUAUGUGUGGAGUACUUCCUGGGCAUAACUACUUUACAACUCAGCUUGUUGCCAGUUGGGCUGCGCUCAUUGAGUGGAGCUGAAGGCGUAGUUACACUGUAUAACCUCAACGGCCGGUUGGCGUAAGAGUCAAAACUCUCUCGGCCCGGAGUAAAUGUCGAUUGGAAACUCCCUUGGCACAUAAAAUUAGUGUUGGACAAAACAGCCUCCAACCUCCUGGCGGGAUGAAGUAACGACGUGUUAGUUUGCUGCGUGGUCAGCUGAGCGUAUCUCCAGCCGGCCCAAUCUGUACGUGUAAAUGAGGGCAGACAGCUGUAAUUCCUUGCUUGUGGAAUAAGAAUGGACAACAUCCGCCACGGGUCCUGGGACUACUUGCUUGUCACGACAGAUCCGCAGCGCACUCGCCUGUCCUUGCCCGGUAGCGUGUCGGAAGGUCUGAAUCACCUCGGCGUGCCGGGUAAGGGCGGCGGCUAUGGCGGGCGUAACGGAGCUAGGUCGGAAGGUUCCAGCAGUGCAAGCAGUCUGGAGACUAACUUUCCACGCUCGCGUAGCUUUCCACUCGUCGACCAGUCGCCGAUCACUGACGAAAAGGAUGUGGCCUUGAUGGGCUCGGUCAGGGCCAGGGCCGGAGCUGGAGGUCGACGAUCUGAAACGAGUCAUUCAUCAUCCAGCAGCCUACUGAGUCACCUCGCGGACGAAAUGGUGACGGUGGAUCGAAAGCUGACUGAAGCGGUCGACCUGUCUCAGCUCUCUAGCUAUGAGCAGGAGAAAGUACGUAGUGUACUGGAGCAAGCCCUGCAAGCGGACGAGGACGUGGCACGUCAUGGCAGGUACUUGCAAGACCAGCAGCUGUUGAUGGUACGCAAGUCGGCAAAGUCGAUUCCAGGAAGCUGUCCCCUCUGCCUGCGCUCGCUGAUUCUGCUGAAAAAAACCUUAUGCAGCAUGUGCCCAUCGGUUGUGUGUGAAAACUGCUUGCGAAAUGUUUCCGUUCCAUCCUCGGAUGAAGUCAUGAGUAUCUGCAAGUUAUGCUUUGUGCGGCGAAGGAUAGUACUGUCUACCUGCAGCUGGAGAGACGAAGCACCUGUCGACCAAGUGGAGGACGAGCCUUCUACGUCGGAUGAUUCUGUGCCAGGCUAUGGCUUGACCUUGGUAUGCGGGUUGAAGUCUGAUGGUGGAGUACUACGGACAUUUGUUAUUGAUUCGCCUCCAGACGGGGCUGCGAACAGGAGUGGUGUUAAUGAUGGUUACGAAAUUGUGUCUUGGUGUGGUCGCAGUCUGGUUGGCCGUAACUUCCACUCAGUUUGUGAGAUCAUUCGUCAUGCUUGCCUUCGAAACAUCCGGCUGAAGACGAGGCAGUACUUGGCAGAUGGACGGCUCUAUGAGGAAGAACACCGGAUUAACACUCCAUCGACAGUAUCGCCAAGUUAUUUUGUCCACCGGAUGUUGGCCAAUCCAGAUGCUAUUGGCUUUCCUGAUGGCCUAUCUCAAGUGAUAAGCAACAGUGAGCCAUUGUACCGGCCGUAUGGUCGCAUCGAGCUUCGCCUUGGUUUCGAUGGUGCUGACUUCAUGGUGGCUAUUAUAAGGGCCGAGUGCCUGCCGUCGUUCAAGCCCGGCGUGCCCCCUAACCCGGCUGUGACCAUAGCUAUUUGUGAUGGAGAGCAAUUCUCUACGUCCGAGCGUCGGCGGACGCAAAAUCCAGUGUGGGACGAGGAGAUAGCCCUCUCUAUUACACAAAAGAAGCUGACUGGAUGUAAACUGAGAGUAUCCGUGACCACUCCUAAGACUUUCUUUGGUAGAUUGACACUUGGCGUUUGUGAGAUCUGUUUAGACGAGGCUGUGCUGGACCACACCAGCCAGUGGUACACUCUGCAGCCGCACACGGUCCGUGCCAACGCCGUGUACCUGGGCCUGAGCCCCGACGAGUCACUCACCCGGGCUGUAAUGGCCGCGCACUUUCGCAAGGUGCACGAUUCGCAGACCAGUAACCCUUCCAUGUCAUCACUGUGUGUCCAGUACCAGCAGCAGCAGCAUCGGUGGGCCGGUUCAAUGUCCCCGGCGGAGGACCCGCGAAGCCCGAAUGACAGAAAGGAGUCUGCCGCCUUACUAUCGAGCAGCCCGGCUGACAGACAACAGUCUAUCACCUUACUACCGGGCUUGAGUCCAACAGGCUUUGCAGUCGGCCAGCGUCCAAAGCGAAUCAAGCCCAACGAUCGUGAGCGACAUCCGUCGUCUGCGCGCUACUCGUCAGCGGACGGUUACCACUGGUCCCAAAAGCCCACGCCAUCGCACAGCAUGUCGUCACUGAAUGGCGAUGAGAGUGGAACCGACCUGGAUUUUGGCACUCGACACCAGGAGGUUUCUCCAACCAUCCUCCUGACCCCUGUGAACACAGUUGGGCAGUCACUCGGUGUGGAGGAGAGAGACGGCUUUCGAUCGGCCACUGGGCGUACAAGAUCGGGCUCGGUGGCUUCAGCUAUACUCCAGCGCAGUACGCUGUCCGCCCGCAGCUCCUUGUCCGCAAGCAAUGACAACCUGUCGAUGAUCUCCUCUGGCUCUGUCGACAGUUUGGGUGAAGUCUCCGUUGCCAACUACACUGGUGGUGUCCUGCAAGAUGCAACUGUUGCGCUGACCUUAGUUCCACAGUCUACUAACAUGCGUGUUAUGGUCGGAAAGGUUGACAAGGUGCACAACCUUAUCCAGAUGGCAAGUUUGAAAGAUUCCGAAGUGGCUGGAGUUGGUGUCAAGGUAUCCAUGCAUGCGGUUGGCGCCAGCAAGCUGAAACGCAAGACCAGCACCAUGCCUCUGGCUAGUGGCCUGGAUUUCAACGCUCAGUUUGACUUCAACACGUCCAUCACGCUCAGUCUGUACACGCUACGGAUUCAGGUGGUUGCAAAGAUGAAGAAGCGCUCACUGCUGAAGAGAAAGUCCACCGUGCUGGCCUACUGUUUGCUGCCGUUCCAGGACCGAGACCUUGCCCUCGGGCAGCCACAGAGAGAACACGUGAACGUGUUCGCCAAAUCCAAGAAACUAUAAAGGAAGUCUGCAGAUCAUGUACACAAUUGUGCAUUUGUCGCGCACUCCUGCAGUUGGUCUUCACUAGGCCCUACUACGGCUGCCUACGUGGUCAUCAGAAAUCUCUAUUGAAGAUUCCAGCAAUUUUCUCGCCAUUGUUUUCAAAGUCACUCAGUUUUCAAAUGCUUUUCUCACUUCAAGCUUGAUUUUCUCCUUUGAUGCCCCCGCUUCUCUCCCCGUAACCGUCAUAAUCCUGUGCUAAAUCCAGAACCACCAUGAAUUUCAUGGCAAAAAAUGGUUGAGAAAUCUAACUAACGGUAGUACGAAUGCCUUUUCUAAGCUUGAAACAAAACCUUUUUUUUCUUUUUUCUUUUCUCAUAAGUUAUAACAAUUGCACCUUGCAUAGCAAUUCCUGCAUAAGCAGACUGGAUUUUGUUGCUAUUUUUAUUUUUUAUAUCAAUAUCUCAUAGCAUGUUGUUGAGACUGCAUAUA